CCAAUUAAAAAUCCUGAAGCUGAACGUCGACUUGAACAAGCAAGAAAUGAUAAUCGAAGUUUAGCUCAAUUUGGUGAAUAUCGUGAUCCAUUAUUUGAUUAUGUUGGGUUUUUAGGUGGUUCUGAUUUUGAACCACAUGUUGUUGAUAAAGGAAAUAAUCAAAAACAAUUAGAAAUGACUCUUGGCAUGAAAGAUUAUCGACCACAAGAAAUUAAAGUAUCAGUUAAAAAUAAUGAACUUAUUGUUCAAGGUGAACAUCAACAUAAAGAUGCAAAUCGUUCAGAACGAUCAUUCUUCUUUAAAUCAACAACAUUACCACCUGGAACACAAGUUGAUCACCUUCAAUCGCAUUUAACAGCAGAUGGUCAAUUAAAAAUUGAAGCACCAUUUGUUGAACACAAAGAAGCUCCAAAAUCAAUUGAAGGCCAAAAACAUUAA